GGGCGGGUGGGAGGCGCCACGUAGGUAGGUGCUGGUAAUGUUUUACUCAGUUAAGCGCAGUUCAGUCAAACUCACGAUGGUAUACUCUGGCAAAUGCCACGAUCCAAAAACCUUUUGGAAGGGGACUAUUUCAAAAUGUGAGCCGUGUCCAGGUCCAGGUCCAGGCUUUGAGAUCACGCCAAACUGUGGCAAAGAUGAUAACGGGGGGAUCCACGAAGCCUCCAAGAGAGCGUGUGAAGCCGGUAGAACCUUUAAUGAUGGGAGCGAUGUGUAUUGUCGGCCGUGUACUUCAUGCCAUCCCGGGUACAUCACCACAAACCCGUGCAGUACAACUACUGACACCCAGUGCCAAGAGCCACGAAGGACGACCGAGGUGUUAACCACAGUGCCAACAACAACAGUAAUAACAACAACAACAACAACAACAACAACAACAACAGCAACAACAUCACAUGUUUCUACUUCUUCCAGAAUGACACCAGAGAGACGGAUAAACACAGAAGUGUCUGGUCCUGCUGUACUGUGGGCAGUACCAUUAGUGAUCCUAAUCAUCAUCAUACUCGUUAUGAUAGCUGCAUGUGUGCUCUACAUGAAGAGGAAACGAGUGUUUCACACACGUCACCAAGCAGUGUUGGGCUACAGCAGAAGAUCUUCAUACAUUAAUCCAGGGUUCUCUUCUCUCUCUACUGGUAACGACCUGGAGGACAUCCUGAGUCCCAGCGUCCUGUCAGCACCUUUACAGACAGUGCUGGACAACCUGGAUGUUUUGGAAGAGCUGGUGAUUUUGUUGGAUCCAGAAAGCCAAGGAGUCAAGAACACCAAACAUCUGGCGUCUCAUUUCUCCUUCCCCGCCACCUGGAUUACUUACACCUACUCUAUGAAGGAAAGCAAGAGCCCCCUGACAGCUGUGUUGGAGGGCAUCACCAGCAGGCAACCUGACUUGACCGUGGGGCACCUGGCUAAGGUGCUACGACAGAUGGAGCGCAACGAUGCCAUUGCUGUUCUCGCCAAGCUCAAACUGAAAAUGAUACAGCAGGUGUAACAUUUCUUCAGGAAUCCGGAGAGAUGGCGUGAAAAGAAUCUUCUUGAUCUGAUCAGUGUUAACAUGAAGGAAAAAUACAGGAGUGGUGCGAUACCCACUCUAUUUACAUGAUUUACACACAUAAUGUAGAAGAAUUAAUAGCCAAAUUAAGUAUUAUUCAGCAAAUGUUGAUUUUGAUUCUAAGAAAGCCUCUUGUAACAUUUACACGACACAGUAUUAGGGCCACGUGAAAAAGGUAAUACUACAAGAAUAAAGUCAUAAUUUAAUGACAAUAAAAUCAUUUGAUGCAAGGAAAAGCCGUAAUAUUACAAGCACGAGUAAACAGAUAAGAGCAGUCUGUCUUUUAUGUGUCUAAUGAGUGAUGUUGAAGAUACAGUGUGUAGGAUUUUGGGGCAUCUGAUGGCAUAAAUUGAAAAUAAAAUUCAUAUGUUUUCAUUAGUUUAUAAUCACCUGAAAAUAAUAA